UGUUGAGCCUUGUUGGAUAGCCUUGAGGGCAGUGUGUUGACUAGCUGACUGCUAUUGAGCAACAACGUUAACUCAAUAAAACAACAGCGGAGUUUCCGCCCCUCGGCCAGCGCCAGUGCACGUGGAAACGUUUCUGGAGCUGACAAACUAUAGACUGAUUCACGUGUGGACAGCGCGGGACUGCGGUGCGACUGAAGUUGACUUGUUAAUGCAGGUGAGAUAGGAAAUCUCUCCCGCUCCCUCUCAAACCGGGAGGCUUCGGAGCGGAAUCUGUGGAAUGCGCCAGAUAGCAGUGUUCCUACGCUCGAGGCCGGGGGGAGAUCGUGCAGGAGAACUUGUGGGUACUCGUCCCACACCGUGCCGCGCGCACGCAGGGCGCUGGAUUGGAGGGGGUUUAAUUCGCUGUUGUAGUUUGUGUGUGCGAGAGUAUGUAUGUGUAAGCAAGAGAUAGUGUGUGUUUGUGUGUGAGAUGGAAUGUGUGUAUGUGUGUGGGGAGAGAGUUUGUGUUUGAAUCUUUCGAUCUGAACUCGCUUCUUCGUACGUGACUGUUGACCGGAUCGCUUCUCCGUGACUAAAGCCUCGACAUGGUGCUGUGAGUGCGCUCUCAGUAAGAGAAGGAGUAUAUCUGCUUACCUGAAUCAACUGAAGUUUGGGGGGAGGAGGGAGAUGGAGGACUUGAAGAAGGAGUUAGAGGAGGAGCUGAAACUGAACACUGAGGACCCUCGCAGCCAUGCCUGGUACCACGGAGCAGUCAGCAGAGAGGGGGCAGAGUCUCUGCUGCAGAGGGAUGGGGACUUCCUUGUGCGGGACUCUAGCUCCUCCCCCGGGGACUACGUCCUGAGCUGCUGUUGGAGGAACGAGCCCAUGCACUUCAAGAUCAUCAGAGUGGUGCUGAGACCCAAGAAGGGAUACUCAAGGGAACUGUUCCAGUUCGAGGAGGAUCGCUACGACAACGUCCCUGCUCUGAUUCGCUAUUAUGUGGGUGGCCGCCGGCCUAUUUCCCAGGCCUCGGGCGCGGUCAUCUUUCACCCGAUCACACGCACCGUGCCCCUGCGUGUGAUCAGCAGGGGUGCGGAGGAGGUCAGCGUCCCCCAGAGGAGCAGAGGAACAGAACACACCAGGAGACUCAGCUACAACACACACACACUGCUGCCUCCCAGCACCCUGCUGAGGAGUGGCAGUCAGCCUGCUAACCUGGAGAACCUGGGCAGGAGACCAUCUCUACAGUCAGCUCAGUCAGACAGCAACCUGCGUCCAGGUGCUCCUCCCAUUGGCCAGUCAAAGGAUUCUGGCCCCGCCCCCAUAUCUCCAGUGUUCCGUACAGGCAGCGAACCACUGUUGAGUCCCUUACCUCGACACACUCGCCCUUCCAACCCAGAAGGGGGUGUGACCCUUCGGGGUUCUGACGGACAGCUUCACCCCAGAGCCCCGCCCAAACCCCUCAGAGUCUCUGCCCUCUUCCCCGGAGGUCCGCCCCUUCAGCCCUGCAAGGAUGGAGAUGACCUGGCCUCCUUAUACGACGAGCUGGUCAUACAGGUGCCGGGAUCGGGGAGGCAGGGUCAUGUGGAGCGUCUCCGUGCGGAGGAGAAGUGGCAGAGCCGCGCCCGGCUCACUGAGACCUCCUUCACCUUCCUGUCAGGCCACGCCCUCUCGCCAGACACGCCCCCAGAAGGCGCGGGGCCUGAGGAGGACUGGACCUUCCAAAGACCGCAGACAGAGCCGGUCUCCUGCUUCCAGCUGGACAGCUUUGAGUCCCUGCUGCUGCCAGACCAGAGCCGUCCUCUGGAGCCGUCUGUGCUGCUGAACCUGAAGCAGCUGUUCAACCAGGCCGACGCCCACAACACCGCCCUGCACAUGCUCAGUGUCGACUGCCAGGUACAGCUGCACAUGCUCAGUGUCGACUGCCAGGUACAGCUGCACAUGCUCAGUGUCGACUGCCAGGUGUUGAGGAUGGUUGGAGUGACGGAGGAGCAGAAGAGGAUCAUGGGAGUUUGGUCUGGGCUGGAGCUGCUGCUCCUGCCUCACGGACACCAGCUCAGACAAGACCUCCUGGAGAGACAUCACCUUCUAGCGCUGGGUGUUGCCGUGGAUAUCCUGGGAUGCACCGGCAGUGUAGGUCAAAGGUCGGCAGUGCUGCAUAAGGUCAUCCUAUUGGCUGAGGCCCUUAGAAGCCACGCCCAUGACCUCUAUGCCUUCUCUGCUGUGAUGAAGGCUCUGGAGAUGCCCCAGGUGCUGAGGCUGGAGAAGACCUGGAGGACUCUAAGGAGGAGCCAGACCGAGGCAGCCGUACUGUUUGAGAAGAAGCUCAAACCCUUCAUGAAGGCCCUGAGCCAGGGAGACGACUCGGUGGUGCAGACUCCUGUCUCUGUUCCUCACCUCGUUCCUCUGCUGAUGCUGAUGGAGGGGGAGGAGCUAGCGGAACACUCGGACAAGGGCUGUCAGCUGAUCUUUGACAUCCUCCAAUCAGCACGCAGCAUUGCCUUGCUGGCACCCCAAUACCAGGAGCACGCACACACACUACUGACAGGUGGCUGGCAGCCAAUCCCGGAGCUUCUGGAGGCGUUCCAGACAGAGUUUGCUUUGAGGCUGUUCUGGGGUCAAGGGUCCGGAGCCAGCCGGCCGGAACGCUACAGCAAGUUUGACAACAUCCUCAAUGUGCUCUCCAACAAGCUGGAGCCUCUGGAGGCCCUAGCCCUGACCCCUAGCCCUGACCCUAGCCCUGACCCCUAGCCCUGACCCCUAGCCCUGACCCCUAGGCCUGACCCCUAGCCCUGACCCUAGCCCUGACCCCUAGCCCUGACCCCUAGCCCUGACCCCUAGCCCUGACUCUCCUACACUAGUGUGUGUGUGUGUGUGUGUUUGAAUGUACGUGUGUGUGUCUGUUUGUGUGUGGAGACAUAAUUUGUUUAUCUGUGGUAUGUUCUGUAUUCGUUUGAAAUGUAUGUUUCUGACUAAUGACAAUAUUUAACAACUAAAUAAAUGAUUUAAAGGAAGA